AUGACGAGUGAAGGCCACAUGACGAGUGGUGGCCACAUGACUAGUGGUGGCCACAUGACUAGUGGUGGCCACAUGGUGUGUGGUGGCCACAUGACUAGUAGUGGCCACAUGGUGUGUGGUGGCCACAUGACGAGUGGUGGCCACAUGACGAGUGGUGGCCACAUGGUGUGUGGUGGCCACAUGACGAGUGGUGGCCACAUGGUGUGUGGUGGCCACAUGACGAGUGGUGGCCACAUGGUGUGUGGUGGCCACAUGACGAGUGGUGGCCACAUGACUAGUGGUGGCCACAUGACGAGUGGUGGCCACAUGACGAGUGAUGGCCACAUGACGAGUGGUGGCCACAUGACGAGUGGUGGCCACAUGACGAGUGGUGGCCACAUGACGAGUGGUGGCCACAUGACGAGUGAUGGCCACAUGACGAGUGGUGGCCACAUGACGAGUGAUGGCCACAUGACGAGUGAUGGCCACAUGACGAGUGGUGGCCACAUGACGAGUGGUGGCCACAUGACGAGUGAUGGCCACAUGACGAGUGGUGGCCACAUGACGAGUGGUGGCCACAUGACGAGUGGUGGCCACAUGACGAGUGGUGGCCACAUGACGAGUGGUGGCUACAUGACGAGUGGUGGCCACAUGACGAGUGGUGGCCACAUGGUGUGUGGUGGCCACAUGACGAGUGGUGGCCACACGAAGAGUGGUGGCCACAUGACGAGUGGUGGCCACAUGGUGUGUGGUGGCCACAUGGUGUGUGGUGGCCACAUGACGAGUGGUGACCACAUGAUGAGUGGUGGCCACAUGACGAGUGGUGGCCACAUGACGAGUGGUGGCCACAUGACGAGUGGUAGCCACACGACGAGUGGUGGCCACACGACGAGUGGUAGCCACACGACGAGGGGUGGCCACACGACGAGUGGUAGCCACACGACGAGUGGUAGCCACACGACGAGUGGUGGCCACACGACGAGUGGUAGCCACACGACGAGUGGUAGCCACACGACGAGUGGUAGCCACAUGACGAGUGAAGGCCACAUGACGAGUGAAGGCCACAUGACGAGUGAAGGCCACAUGACGAGUGAAGGCCACAUGACGAGUGGUGGCCACACGACGAGUGGUGGCCACACGACGAGUGGUGGCCACACGACGAGUGGUGGCCACACGACGAGUGGUGGCCACACGACGAGUGGUGGCCACACGACGAGUGGUGGCCACACGACGAGUGGUAGCCACACGACGAGUGGUAGCCACACGACGAUUGGUAGCCACACGACGAGUGGUAGCCACACGACGAGUGGUGGCCACACGACGAGUGGUAGCCACACGACGAGUGGUAGCCACACGACGAGUGGUAGCCACACGACGAGUGGUGGCCACACGACGAGUGGUAGCCACACGACGAGUGGUGGCCACAUGACGAGUGGUAGCCACAUGACGAGUGAUGGCCACAUGACGAGUGAAGGCCACAUGACGAGUGAAGGCCACAUGACGAGUGAAGGCCACAUGACGAGUGAUGGCCACAUGACGAGUGGUGGCCACACGACGAGUGAUGGCGUCACAACUACCAACUCGUAUAACUACCACCAAGUGGAACAGAAACACUAA